AUGCAUAGCCCUGAGGAUGUGGAGCGCUUUAAGAGUAGUCCUUCACCGCCAGACGAGGAGGCGACUAAGGAGAGGAGUGACAGGGAGCUAAGCUCUACUCCAAGUACGGAUACCCAGACUGGGCAUUCCAAGGGUGCUCGGUCAGUAGCGAGGAAGCGUCGCAGCUCCUCCCAGACUAUUAGCGACAGUGACACGCUCCUGGGGGCGAGUGGGGAAACUGAGGAUGCUGCAGCCCCCAAAUCGGCAGUGGAGAAGCCUCUAGGUACUCCUGAUAUGAGUGCCCGUGAGACUGAAGACAUGGUGAAUUUCAUGCUUCAGGAUUCUCCGUUGCCUGAUACCGAGAGGAGCGAAGAAAAGCUCCCGGAGGAUGGUGGAAGCGACAAGCUUCCAGAGGAGAAGGAUGGCCAGAAGCUUCCAGGGGAAGGCGACGAGAAGCUACCAAAGGAGGCCCAUGUAGAUUCCCAAAAUCCAGAGAAUACUGUGGUGAUGACUCAAGAUGUGUCGGAGAAGGCUAUCUCUGAGGUGCAGAUGAGAAGCACUGGGCAAGAGGGUGGCCAAGCCCAGGACAAUACAGAGCUGAAUGCUCUGAGAGAGAGGGUGAAGAUGCUCUCGUCCGAGAAGGCUGCUCUCCAAGGGAAGCUUAAGAAGUUCUCCCAAUCCAAGAAAGAUGAGAUUGAGAAGCUCAAGAAGAUCAAGGAGGACUUUGACCGAGAGGCCUUGACAGUUCUUCAGCAACUCAAGACCUUGUCAGAAUCCCGGGACUUGAUGCAACAAGAGCUUGUAGAGCUAAGAGAAGUCAGGGAUGCUGCCCAGGAAAUAGCCGAGGUUAUGGAGAUUCCGGAGGGGAAUAAGGACGAACCGCUCUCUUUGGCGGGGAAACUUCGUAAAGUACCCGAAGCCUUUGAAAGGUAUGUCUCCACAACCACCCAUCAGUACGUGGGUCAUGUACUCGGGUUGGUGAAAUCUUAUUGGCCAACCACUCGUCUGGACGCACUUGGGAAGGGAGCCAAAUCUGAUUGUACAGAAGAACAAUUCCGUCAGUAUUUGGAAGAAACUUCUGUGGUGGCUAACCAGAUAGUGGAGUCCCUGAACAAGCCUGAGUCCCCUUGAACUUUCGGUUGUAGAUUGAUUGGCGUGUGGCCACAAGUACUUUGGACAAAUAUUGAGUAUUUGUGUAAUAUUUAAGUACUUGUUCUGUGUUAGGAUUGCGAAAUCCUUUGAUGUGUCGAGUAAUUAUACUUGAAAAAAUCCUGAGUUUUGGCAGCAUCGUGCC